CAUUGUUCGUGUUUUCCCCGCCACCGCUCAUCCACUCUUCUCUCUCUCUCUCUCUCUCUCUCUUCAAAUUGUGAAAUUUUUCCUUCGAACUCUGAAAAUUUUCCAUGGAACCAAACGUGUACGCCUUCCGGGACAGCUUCCAGUCCUUGGGGCUUUGCUCGGCAUUGCUCGACUCAAGAGAGGUAAAUAGAGCGGAGAGCCUCAGAUACGCUGGUUUUCGCCGGCGGAGAUCGUUCGGAGCUCUGAAGCAGCUUCGCCGUCGGUCCAAUCCCCUAGUCUUCGCUAUUGGCCCUGCUUCGAGAGCCGAGCCUGUUGCUCCAUCGACUGCCGAAGAGCCGGAGAGUCUGGCCGUGGAGGCGGUUUCCCCGGUUUAUGUGCCGACGCCGCCCAAUCGUGACCUUCGAACUCCACACAGCGGAUAUCAUUUUGAUGGAAGUACCCGGAAAUUUUUUGAGGGAUGGUACUUUAAGGUCUCAAUACCAGAAUGCAGGCAGAGCUUCUGCUUUAUGUAUUCUAUGGAGAAUCCUGCAUUCCGUAAAAAGUUGACAGGACUAGAAGAGGCACAACAUGGACCCCGAUUUACAGGAGUAGGGGCUCAAAUUCUUGGAGCCAAUGACAAAUAUAUUUGCCAAUACACUGAAGAAUCUCAUAACUUCUGGGGAAGCAGGCAUGAGCUGAUGCUGGGAAAUACUUUUAUUGCUCAAAAGGGUAUGCGGCCUCCAAAUAACGAGAUUCCACCUCAGGAGUUCAAUCGAAGAGUGUUGGAAGGUUUCCAAGUUACCCCACUUUGGCAUCAAGGUUCCAUUAGUGAUGAUGGGAGGACAGAUUAUGUGGACAUUGUAAAGACUGCACGCUGGGAGUACAGUACCCAACCUAUUUUUGGAUGGGGCAAUGUUGGGUCUAAACAGAAAUCUACAGCUGGCUGGCUUGCUGCUUUUCCUGUAUUUGAACCUCAUUGGCAAAUAUGCAUGGCUGGUGGACUUUCAACAGGUUGGAUAGAGUGGGAUGGUGAAAGAUUUGAGUUCCAAAAUGCUCCUUCAUAUUCUGAGAAAAACUGGGGUGGGGCCUUCCCAAGAAAGUGGUUUUGGGUCCAGUGUAAUGUCUUUGAAGGGGCCAGCGGAGAAGUGGCUUUGACUGCAGCUGGCGGAUUGAGGCAACUGCCUGGACUGAUUGAGACGUAUGAGAAUGCAGCAUUGAUUGGAAUUCACCACGGGGGAACUUUCUAUGAAUUUAUUCCAUGGAAUGGAGUUGUUAACUUUGAAAUUACUCCAUGGGGUUAUUGGUAUGUGUCUGCAGAGAAUGAAUCACACAAGGUAGAAUUGGAGGCAACAACGAAGGAUCCGGGUACAACUUUACGAGCUCCCACCUCAGAAGCUGGCCUUGCUCCAGCUUGUAAAGAUACUUGUUUUGGUGAUUUAAAACUGCAAUUGUGGGAAAAGAGAUAUGACGGGAGUAAGGGAAAGGUAAUUUUGGAUGUAACAAGUAGCAUGGCAGCAUUAGAAGUCGGGGGAGGGCCAUGGUUUAACACUUGGAAAGGCACGGCAGCCACUCCAGAAUUAAUUAGCCGUGCUCUAAAUGUUCCAGUCGAUGUCGAUGGAAUCUUUAGUCUGGUUCCGCUGCUCAAGCCCCCCGGUUUGUAAACAAUUACAGUCGUGGGUGGAAGGAACGCGCUUUGACGAUUGGGCUCCGGCACAGCUGGAUCUUAUUGUUUACAUAAAAUUGUCUCUAGAGCUUCAUUUCGUUGAGUUGAAUGGCACUAGGCAGUUUAAUUAUGAUUGAUUGUGACUCAAUGGUGUAUUGGCAAUCUAAUUAAGCUUCCAAACCAGUGAGAAAUGUAGUCGUAGUAUUGAUGAA